AUGUUCCGUCUACCAUCUGUCCGCCGGGCGGUAUCGUCAUUAUUAUUCCUCGCCGCAACCUCCUACGCCGACCUCAUACCCUACAUCGCCGAUGAGGCCUACGACCGCGGCGAUUUCGGCGCCUAUCCCUACCAGGAAUACCAGACAUCGCCGUUGAAAGGGCCCCGCGUAAACAUUGUCGCCACCAAUGACAGCUGCACCAGCGGCGACGACCUCAUCUUCCUCAACCCGCGCGGCAAAAAGGUCGUGCCCGGCCCCAAUCCGAUGAUUCUGGACCAAGCUGGGAAUCUGAUCUGGACGCUGGACGGCAAGCCGUACGGCGAGACGUACAACCUCAACGUCCAGGAAUGGAAUGGCGAGAAGUACCUCACCUUCUGGGGCGGCGAUGACACAGUCGGAGGGCACGGCCAAGGCUACUACUACAUGCUCGACUCGUCCUACAAGCAAGUGCGGCAGAUCUCCGCCGUCGGCCCCAUCAAGGGCGAUCUGCACGAAUUCCGCUUCACCCCCAACGGCACCGCCCUGCUCAGCGUCUACGAAAUCACCCCCAUGGACCUCAGCCCCGUCGGCGGGCCCGAGUCGGGCUGGGUGUGGGACGGCUCGUUCCAAGAAAUCGACCUGGCCUCGGGCAACCUGCUCUUCUCCUGGCGCGCCAGCGACCACUACGCCGCCAACGACACGUACCGGCGCUACACCAGCGGCGGCACCUCCGCCUCGUCGCCGUGGGACUACUACCACAUCAACAGCGUCGACAAGGACCGCCACGGCAACUACCUCGUCUCAGCCCGCUACACGCACUCCAUCACCUACAUCGACGGCCGCUCGGGCUCCGUCCUGUGGCAGCUCGGCGGCAAGCGCAACGACUUCACCGACCUCUCCGACGGCCGCGCCACCAACUUCGCCUGGCAGCACGACGCGCGCUGGCGCGACGACGGCCGCGCCAUCACCCUCUUCGACAACCGCGCCGCCAGCAACGUCUACGACGCCGACUCGUCGCGCGGCAUGCGCGUCGCCAUCGACCAAGCCGCCAUGACGGCGACGCUGACGCACGAGUUCACCAACCCCAACGCGGCCAUCGUCUCCUCCAGCCAGGGCUCGAUGCAGGUGCUCGCCAACGGCAACGUGCUCCUCGGCUACGGCUACAACGGCGUCUUCGCCGAGUUCGACCGCCACGGCGCCCUCCUGUGCGACACGCGCCUCGAGCCCGCCUCGCGCUUCGAGAGCGGCGACGUGCAGUCCUACCGCGUCCAGAAAGCCGCCGGCUGGGUCGGCAAGCCCGCCACCAAGCCCGACGUCCUCGUCGAGGGCAGCAGCGUCUACGUCAGCUGGAACGGCGCGACCGAGGUCCACCGCUGGGUGCUGCAGGACGCCGACUACGCCGAGAUGGACGGCGCCGAGAGCGGCGAGAGCGGCUGGGAGCGCGAGGUCGGCGAGGCGUGGCACAACGUGCAGACGGUCGAGCGCGCCGGCUUCGAGACGGAGCUGCGCUUCGGCAUCAGCACGAGGAGGUACGUCCGCGUCUUGGCGCUCGACAGGGAGGGCUGGGUGCUGGGCGCGAGCGAGCCCGGCGGGACGGCGAUUGACGACGAGAUUAGGAAUUCGACUAUCAUUCUUGGCCACCGCUUCAAGGAUGGCGAUGCCACUAUUCUCGCUCUCCUGGUCUGCGCCGCCCUCGUUGCCACCGGUGUCACCGUCGUCAUGGCCUGGCGCUCGCGCAUGGAUAAGAUCGCGUAUCAGAAGUUGUUGGAUGAGGAGAAGGAGGAUGAGGUCGAGGUCGGCGACGAGGAGGAGAGGUUGCUGGGCAGAGAUCAGUGGCACGUUGGAUCAUGA